AUGACGGAUCCACAGGAGGAUAACAUUUUCGCCCGCUCUGCAAUUCUGCGCUGGGCGGCAAGCAUUCUACGGAGUGAAUACAGCUCUUUCACAGAUAUUGCGGCAAAAGACGUUGCAGUGCUCCUUCACGCCAUUUUCAACAACCACGCAGGUGAAAAUGAAGAAGACGGUGGACCUGUCGUAUCUCUCCAUGACAUUCAAUUCUGCGACAAUCCCACCUCUAUGACACGGUUACUUAAUGCGAAGCGAGUGCUCUCUCUUGUGCAGUCACUUAGCUCAUCUCCGGCAUCAACAGACUCCGGCGGCAGUGGCAAUGAGGGUAGCCGACUUGUUCCUACAGGAGUGGGAAACAUGACGGCUUGCGCAUGGUUAGAAGGAGAUGCAUUUGUAGAAGAGUUAAAGAUGUGGCGCUGGAUCAGGGAUGCAGCCUUCAAGCGUGGUUUAGAGGCGAGCGAACUCGAGAGACGAGUGCAUUCGUUUCUGGGGACUAGAGUUGACAAAAAUGUUAUAAAUGAAGAAGGAGCAGACGCUUUAUUAUCGAGGAAGCGCCCCCGUGGGGAGGAAACUUCGGGUGCAACCUUUACACGUGAUAUGGAGGCGGCGGCAGGUGUGAACGCCGGUACGGCGUCGUAUGGCGGCAGAAGCAAUGGGAAGGGUGUGUUCAAGAACUCAGAUAGCAAUGAUGGGAAACUUCUCCAGGAGGGCCAAACAUCGGAGGAAAGAGAUGCUCAGUCGCUGCUCAAUAUCACGUGUGAUGGUGUGGAAGCCGCCCCAGGACUUCUAAACGUACUCGAGGGCGUGAUGAAAGAACUCAAUAGCCGGAAACUUGCGGGUGGCGAGACGACUUUUCAGCAUGGUAGCGAUGGUUUGACAUGUGAACCUCAUACGUCAGAAAACCUGCGCGGCAGCGGCUCAGCGGCCAGUGAGUGUUCCACUUGCCCUUCCAUUUACGCAUCCGCUAUUCAGCAAAACUACGUAGCAAUUGAAAGAUUAGAAUCUCUAAGAAACAUGGCAGUUGCGGCAUGUUUAAAGCGAGAUGCAGCAGGUCUUUUGGGUUUCCUGUCACUUGCAUGA